CUGCAAAACAACAGCACCCCACACACACAGAAGCAAACCGCAACAGUAACUAACAUGUCGGAGAAUUCAGUACAGAGUUUAUUUCAUAACUUUGAGAAAGUUACAAAUUUUGUUCAACAUCACGUAUCUAAUUUCAUAGGCCAUCAUAUCCAGUCAUCAGGAACCUCUGGUAUAGGCUCUGUCAAUGCCUCCAUCAAAGCUCCAUUUGUGAAAACUACAUCUUCUGUACAACCACGUGAUCCUGUUGUCAAGGGUAAGUCCUCUACCCUUGUGACUAAAGAAGACCUUGGAAGGGCUACAUGGACUUUUCUUCACACUUUUGUUGCUCAGUAUCCAGACAAUCCUACAAGACAACAGAAGAAAGAUGUAAAAGAACUGGUACAGAUCUUGUCUCGAAUGUACCCUUGCAGUGAAUGUGCAAAUCACUUUAAAGAAGUUCUUAGAUCAAAUCCUGUACAGUCGGGGUCACAUGCUGAAUUUUCUCAGUGGCUAUGUCAUAUGCAUAAUGUUGUCAAUAGAAGCAUCGGCAAACCAAUUUCCUGCAUGAAAAGGUCAUGGCGGAAUUCUUCAAGAAUUAAUUCAUGA